AUGCAUUUGUCGCUUCUUGCUGCCCUCAUCUUCUCCAUCUUGUCCAUCUUAUCGGUAAACGCUCUGGAUGAAGUCUUCCCGCACGUCAAUUCAGAGUCCUUCGACCAUGGCGCCUACGGGCCCUACCCGAAUCGGUCUUACAUCACUGAGCCAAAACUCACAUCCCCUCGCCUCAACAUCCAACAGUGGGAUUCCAGAUGCCACGAUGGUCUCUACAUCAUGACAUGUCUUCGCGGUGACGAUGUGGACAUCAAGGGCCAGAGUCCGAUGAUCCAUGACACGAAUGGCAGUUUGGUCUGGAUGAAUUCUACGUAUGGGGAGACGUUUGGACAUGGGGUGCAGAGGUAUAAAGGGCAGGACUAUCUGACUUUUUGGCAAGGAGAUGAUAGUGUGCAUGGACAUGGUGAAGGUAUAUAUUUUAUGCUCGACUCCAAUUACCGAGAAGCCUACAGAUUCUCCGCCGGUAACGGGAGGUUAGGCGAUCUCCACGAAUUCCGUAUCACGGAAGACGGAACUGCCUUGGUUACCCAGUAUCGCUACGAGAAAGGCCAAUGGGGCGACGAAAGCCCCAAGCCGCAAGGCUACAUCUGGGACUCGGUCUUCCAAGAAAUAGAUAUCGAGUCCAACACUGUAUUAUUCGAAUGGCACGCCUACGAUCACUUUGACAUCAACACAUCAGACUUUCCCUCCGGCUCAACAGGCCGAACGCAGUUCAGCGGCUACGACUUCUUCCACAUCAACAGCGUGGACAAGGAUGCGCUGGGGAACUAUCUUUUGAGCUCCAGAUAUUACCAAUGCGUGAUUUAUGUUGAUGGGAAGACAAACGAGACGCUGUGGCAGCUUGGUGGGAAAGCGAAUUCGUUUACGGAUCUUUCGGGUGGCCAGGCUACCAAGUUUGGGUGGCAGCAUGAUGCGAGGUGGACUUCGGAUCACAGCGGUAUCACGCUCUUUGACAAUGGGGCUCGCUAUGAUUUGAAGCCUGACGUGGAUGCCUCGCGAGGCGUGCACAUUGCGCUGGAUCUCAAAGCCAUGACUGCUGCGGUGAAGCAGUCAUAUGUCAAUCCCAGGAACAUCAUCAGUGCUUCGCAAGGCUCGAUGCAAACUCUGCCUAGCGGGAACGUCUUACUCGGCUAUGGAUAUAAUGCAGCGUGGACGGAAUUUGCAGUCGACGGGGAAGCGCUAUGUGACGUCCACAUCGGCAGCCAAGACUCCUUCAACACAGGCGCAGUACAGACGUACAAAGUCCUCAAGCACGCGUGGGUCGGCCUUCCUCUUACUAAGCCCAAAGCCGAGUUCGUCGAUGGCUGGGUACACAUGAGUUGGAACGGUGCGACGGAAGUCAAGAAAUGGAUUGUACAGGGCGGAAACAGUACGCUGUUGGACUCGAAGUGGGCUCUCGGGGAAUUGGAAUUCGACAAGGCUGGGUUCGAGACGAGUGUGCGGAUUGAUUGUGCGAGGUGGCGCUUCAUACGCGUGAGGGGCGUCAACGAGGAAGGGAGCGUGUUGGGGGAGAGCGAGCCGGUGCCUGUUGAUUGUCAGUACGAACAUCCUGGGAUGCGGAAAUUCACAUACGUCGAGGAGAGACCGUUAUCCUCCACCUGGGCCGGGAAAGUGCUCGAGAUAUCGAUGGUAAGCAUCGGCGGAGGUGCCGUGUACUCGCUCUGGCAAUGGCGGCUCCGCAGAGAUACGUAUGCCGCGAUUCAAGAUCUGCGGGCCUGGGCUUGA